AAUAUUGUGGCAGCUAUUGCAUGUUAUAGACAGAGAGAGAAACGUUGUCCUUAUAGUUUCUUGCACUGUUUGAGGUUGUUUUAUGUUACAUGUUUCCAUCAAACUAUAGUUUCUUGGACUUUGCAAAGUGAUGAUUGAAGCAACUUUAAUCUUUUUGUGAUCUUGUAUUGUAAAUUGGAACACUUUAGAAGCAUUGAAGCUUUGAAGCUUUUUUGAGUUCAAGUUCAAAAGCUGAAACCAAACAUACCUUUGAUUAGUGUUCCUAUGGCAUCAUCAGGUGAAGUUGCUAAGAAGAUGGAUAAAGAAGAAAACGUAAACAAUGGCGAUGAUGUGCAUGAUAUAGAAAAUGACGGUAGCUUGGAUGGGAAUGAUGAACAAAUUGGAAGGUAUUGGUCACAGUUUUCUGAAAGGAACAUGACGUACGAAGAACCACUUCUUGUGAAGAGGAUUAACACUACCUCUCAGAUUGCUAUAGUUGGUUCCAACCUUUGCCCUAUUGAAAGCCUUGAUUAUGAGGUUUUUGAUAAUGAAAUGUUUAACCAGGACUGGAGGUCCAGGAAGAGGGUUCAGAUAUUCCAAUAUGUGGUACUUAAAUGGGUAUUUGCUCUUCUUAUUGGAUUAGGAACUGGACUUGUUGGUCUUUUCAAUAAUAUUUCUGUCGAGAACAUAGCUGGUUUCAAGCUGACUCUUACAACCGAUCUCAUGUCUAAACAAAGAUUUUUUGAGGCUUUUCUAGCAUAUGCUGGUCUCAAUAUGGUUUUAGCAGCUGCGGCUGCAGCACUCUGUGCUUUCAUUGCUCCUUCAGCAGCAGGCUCUGGCAUACCGGAGGUUAAAGCAUAUCUCAACGGCAUCGAUGCUCAUUCUAUUCUGGCCCCAACCACCCUUUUUGUAAAGAUUGUUGGUUCAAUCCUUGGAGUAUCUGCUGGAUUUGUGGUGGGAAAAGAAGGACCUAUGGUUCAUACAGGAGCAUGCAUAGCUUCUAUUUUGGGGCAAGGCGGAUCUAAAAAGUAUGGUUUGACUUGGAGUUGGCUUAGGUAUUUCAAAAACGAUCGAGACCGACGAGACAUGAUUACUUGUGGUGCAGCUGCUGGUGUCGCUGCCGCCUUUCGAUCUCCAGUAGGUGGUGUCCUCUUUGCCCUUGAAGAAGCAGCUUCUUGGUGGAGGAGUGCUCUUCUUUGGAGGUCAUUUUUCACUACAGCAGUAGUUGCUAUUGUUUUAAGAGCUGGAAUUCAGUUUUGUUCAACAGGAAAAUGUGGACUAUUUGGUGAAGGUGGUCUUAUAUUGUAUGAUGUUGGUUCACCCCAAACAGAAUUUAGUGCCGGUGACAUAGUAGCAGUAAUAGUCUUGGGAACUGUUGCCGGUAUUCUUGGAAGCAUAUAUAAUUUCCUCGUCGAUAAGGUCGUCCGUACAUAUAGCAUCAUCAAUGAAAAAGGUCCAUUUUUCAAAAUCUUUCUUGCUGUUGCAAUUUCUCUUUUGACAUCAUGCUGUUAUUAUUUCUUACCAUGGAUUGCAAACUGUAUCCCUUGUCCUACCGAUUCAAAGGUACCAUGUCCCUCUGUUGACGAAUCAGGAGAAUACAAAAUCUUUCAAUGUCCACCGGGAUACUACAACGAUCUCGCUUCCCUCUUUCUAAACACCAACGAUGACGCUAUUCGUAAUCUAUUCAGUCCUAAGAUAACCAAAGAGUUUCAUAUUUCAAGUUUGUUUAUCUUCUUUGCCACCGUUUACUUUCUUGGAAUACUCACUUAUGGCAUUGCUGUUCCAUCUGGACUUUUCAUUCCUGUGAUACUUGCCGGGGCUGCCUACGGCCGCGUUGUGAGUAGACUAUUCGAACCGAUCACGCAACUCGACAGAGGAUUCUUUUCUCUCCUAGGAGCUGCCUCCAUGCUCGGUGGCACCAUGAGAAUGACAGUCUCAAUUUGUGUUAUAUUACUUGAACUCACUAAUGAUCUCUUGUUACUUCCACUUGUGAUGUUGGUCUUAUUAAUCUCAAAAUCUGUGGCCGAUAUCUUCAACAAAGGUGUCUAUGAUCAAAUCUUGAAGAUCAAAGGACUUCCUUAUUUGGAAGCACAUGCCGAACCUUACAUGAGGAAUAUAGCUACACGUGAUGUUGUCUCGGGUCCAUUGAUGACCUUUUCUGGCAUCGAAAAGGUUGGGAAUAUAUUACAUGUUUUGAAUACUACAGGGCACAACGGGUUUCCGGUCAUUGACGAACCGCCUUUUGUGGAUGCACCAGAGUUGUGUGGACUAGUACUGAGGUCUUAUUUACUAGUUUUACUAAAGGCUAAAAAUUUUACUAGAGAGAAGGUUUACGCGAAUCCGAGUAUCUUAGAGAAUAUUUCUGUGUUGGAUUUUGGAAAGGCGGGAUCAGGAAAGGGAGUUAAACUAGAGGACUUAGAUAUCCAAGAUGAAGAUUUGGAUAUGUAUGUUGAUCUUCAUCCAAUAACUAAUACAUCGCCGUACACUGUAGUUGAGACUAUGUCACUUGCUAAAGCCGCUAUUCUUUUCCGCCAACAUGGACUCAGACACAUGUGUGUUGUUCCAAAGAGCCAAGGGAGACCUCCUAUUGUCGGGAUUCUAACGCGCCAUGAUUUCAUGCCGGAGCAUGUUUUGGGACUUUACCCUGAUAUCAAGCAUCACAAAUGGCACUGAGAAAGGAAUCUCAAUGAAAAAUGUAAUUCUUUGUUCUUGAUUGGAAUGCUGCAUUCCUUAGCUGCAUGCAGAUGAUCAAAGUUGUUGCUACAUACAUUGAGUUCAAUAGUUCUUUACAGAACCCUUUUGAAGGAAGAAAAAUGCUGCUAAAAGAUGCAAAUGCUGCAUAGUUUUGAAGGGGGUGUGUUUAUAAACAGUGUGAUAUAUCAUAUAUGUAUUGUUAAUAUAUUUUUUUUCAUGGAGUCAACUUGAUGCUUUUGAAACAUAUAGGUACCAGUCAACACCAAUCAGUGUUGAAGUACAUUUUGUCAAUAAAAUUUCUUCUUCAUGUUGCUUGUUUGAUUUAUAUUUUUUGGAUGAUUUUGUAAAAGCUAUAUGAUAUAAGUUUUUUUGUAUGAUAUUGUUAAUUUAGGCAA